GUCUUAUCCACAAAUAUGCACAUUCAAGAAAAUAAAACCUGCCAUGUAGCUGGAUGGGGUUUCAUAAAGACUGGCCGUGGAGUUGUUGAUAGGCUGAUGGUGGUGGAUGUGUCUGUCAUAAACCUGAACACAUGCUCUAAGUCAUGGGGUCAUAUUCCUUCCGAUGUUAUCUGUGCCGGCGGUUAUGGCAGCCACAAAGGCUUCUGUCAGGGUGAUUCUGGUGGUCCUCUGGUGUGCGGCGGGAUAGCUGUUGGUGUUGUGUCUUACAACUACCGCGGAAACUGUGACUACCCAAAUAAACCCAACGUCUACACAGAGAUCUCCAAAUACCUUGGCUGGAUCAACAGUAUCAUCAAUUAAAAAGCUUAGUAUGCAAUUUCCUAAAGCUUUGCUUCAGCACACUUUGAAUGUAUUUAGGAGGGGAGGCUGUGUCUCAGCUGCUCUGUCAGUGUUCGCUCUUUAAUGGAAAAGCAAAAUAAAGCAAAUGUCUCAAA